UCCAGGAUCUUUCUUUGAUUAGCAACACCCUUGUAUAAUAUAAAAAGAAAAAGGUAGACACAAAGAAAGGAGAAAUUAAAAAAAGUUGCAUCAAAAACCUUUUUAGAACCAUCAUUUUCAGAGGGAGAGAAAUGGGGUUUUGGUCGUUGUUUGAGGUGGCAUCAAUGCCGAUUUUGGAGGUAUUGCUAGUGAGUAUAAUUGGAGCAAUCAUGGCUACCGAUUACUUCAAUGUUCUCUCUGGUGAUGCCCGCAAGUCACUAAAUAAGAUUGUUUUCGUGGCAUUUACUCCCUCACUUAUCUUUGCUAGUCUUGCAAAAACCGUCAACCUUGAAGACAUUAUCUCCUGGUGGUUUAUGCCAGUAAAUAUUGGAAUGACAUUUAUUGUUGGAGGGACAUUGGGGUGGAUAGCAGCGAAACUAAUUAAACCAAAACCACACUUGGAGGGCCUACUGAUUGCUAUGUGCUCUACAGGAAACCUGGGAAAUAUUCUAUUGAUAAUUGUCCCUGCAAUCUGCACGGAGGCUGGAAGCCCAUUUGGAGAACAUAGUAUCUGCAAGUCAAAGGGAUUCGCGUAUUCAUCAUUCUCCCUUGCGUUGGGCAGUUUCUACAUUUGGACAUACACUUUCCAAUUGAUAAAAAACUCAAGUUUAAGGUAUUUGAAAGAUGUCGAAGACCAAUCACAACAGGAACCCAACAAAGACAUGAAUGCAAAUGAAAAAACAUGUCUUCUAAGUGUAGAAAGCCAAGAAUAUAUUGAUUUAGUUGUUCCAUUAUCAUACUCGACUAGUGAUAAAAAACAAAUCCAACUUACUAUACACGAAGGAUCUGGAAGCAAUGAUGAUAAAAAAGAAGAAUCCUCAUGUAAACUAGUAGAAAUACUCCACAAAUUCUUGGAGGAAUUGUUGUCUCCUCCAAACAUUGGUUCUAUUUUAGGAAUGAUUUUUGGGGCGACCCCAUGGUUGAAAAAGCUUGUGAUGGGGGUUGAUUCUCCUUUACGAGUUAUCCAAGAUUCUGUCACACUACUUGGGGAUGGAACCUUACCUUGUAUCACUCUUAUACUAGGAGGCAACCUAAUACAAGGAUUAAAGAGAGCAAGCAUCAGGCCUAAUAUCAUCAUCACAAUAAUCUGUAUACGAUAUGUUAUUUCUCCCAUUGUUGGAAUCCUUGUGAUCAAAGCAGCUGAUGGUCUAGAACUACUUCCUGCAGAUCCUCUCUUUAGUUUCCUACUAUUGAUUCAGUACACCCUGCCACCUGCCAUGAACAUCAGUACAAUGACACAAUUAUUCAAUGUGGGGCAAGAAGAAUGUUCAGUGCUUAUGAUGUGGACUUACUUAGUAGCCACAUUUGCACUUACCGGAUGGGCGACUGUGUUCAUGUGGAUCUUGACAUCGUGAUGUUUUGUUUGCCUUUGCGGAUAUUAUGUGAUAUUGGUGUGUAUAUCUUUAUAUAAGUUUGUAUCUAUAGUGUUUCAAAAAACACAUGUGUAUAUCCUUGUAUAAGUUUGUAUUU